AUGGAGUGAGAGCGAGCUGAGGGAACAGUUAUUGAAGUUGUACUUGUUGUUAUUUGGUUAGCCACCGAGGUUUUUAACAAUGCAACUGUUAAUGAACUCUUCAGUGCUUCGGAUGUUUUAGAAUCUGAUGCUUUUGGCGAUGGGGUCACUGAAGCUCAACGUUGGUCAAGAGAAUCCAGCGACAACGGCCACAGUGGAAGAGGCUCUGCUGUGCCAGGGACUGAAUAACCAGAGCUACAUCUGUGAGUCGGGUCACUGCUGCGGAGAGACCCAGUGCUGCAGCUACUACUAUGAACUGUGGUACGUGUUAAGUGUCUUUGGUCCAUGUUCUGUGGGCCCUCUGCAGGGUUCUGGUUGGUGUGGACUCUGAUCAUCAUCCUCACAUGCUGCUGUGUUUGUCAGCACUGGCGCUCCAAGCAGCGCUUCCAGCAGCAGCGGCGGCAGAACGAGAUCAACCUCAUCGCCUACAGAGAGGCUCACAACAACUCCCAGCUGCCCCUCUACCUCAGAUUCCUGCCCAACUACCUGCUGCCAGCCUAUGAGGAGGUAGUGAACCGGCCAGUCACCCCUCCUCCACCCUACACCCCCCUGCAGUCGGCACCCCACACGCCCACAGACCCUGCUGAGGACUCUCCUUGCCCCGACCUCGCCCUCUCUGUUUGCAGUGAUGCUGAUGCAGCGCUGCCUGGUUCUCCAGAGGUCCCGCUCAGCCCCCUCCACAGCGCCUCCCACCCCAACAAGGACUCCACCCCGGGCAGGUACCGGCGCUUCACAGGGGAUUCUGGGAUUGAAGUGUGCGAUGGCCAGGAGCUGUGGGAUCAGCACAGCUUUUUAGAAAGAGAAGUGAUGGAGGAAGAGGGGGCGGGGCAAAUGGAGGAGCCAUGUGAUGGACUUGAACAAAGCCAAGUCAGCGGAGCGGAGAUCCACAGACACGCAGCGGUGGAAACAGAGCCACAGUCCCAUAGCUAGUGCUGAAUACAGACACUGAUCCUGUGCUGAGGCCGGGCUCUGGGCUCUGUGGGGGUUUGACUAACAGGUGCGAGUGACAGGCCUGGAGACAGAUAACCGAUAAAGCAGAAAGUAUGUUUUCAGCCGAGCUCCUCUCUUCUUGUUUUCAAGUUGAGGUUUGGUUUGUGGCUCACAUCCCCCCUCCCCAAGGUGGCACUACUGUUAAUGUGUACUCGCACAGUUUCUGAAGCUGUGUCCAGUGCUUCUGAUCCACAGAACUCCAUGUAUGUGAUCUGUCUGCGACAUCACACCAGUUCAUGUAUACAUAUACCCCCCCCCCCUACAACACAUAUAUUUGUACAUUUACAUGAAAACUUAUCUUGAACACAUUUAUUUCUGAAAGAAUUGCAACCCAGAUCUAUACCAAGCAGAACGUUAGUGUAAUGUUUUUGCGGGUGUGUGAUAAGCUGAUGUCAGCCUGGUGUCUGAUGCUAGCUAUAGAUAAUAUCUCAUAGAUCAACAAGCAGGACUCUUUAGCAUCAAUGUGUCCAUUACGUCAAGGUUUCAUUCGCCAAAUCAGACUAUCCCAACAGGUUUUGUACAACAUGUACGUUUAGUUGAGUUGAAUGACAGCUGUGGCUCCGUGCUCCUCCUGGUGUUGCUGCACAGCUGUUCAACAGAGGUAUGCCACGGACCAACAUUCUGUAGUAAUGCUGUCCAUCAAGUUUCAGCCUCCCUGACAAACCUAGAAACAACUUGUUUUUGAAACAUCAAUCACCUUUUCGUAGAUGCUUUUUACUUCACACCUGUAUCCAGAAGCCAUCGUAAUGAGAGUUCAGGUCCACAGCAGCAUGUGACCAAACUGAAGCAGAGCCACAGAUUCCAUGGCUGGUCGCUCAUUAUGAGAGGCAUAGUGAAGCUUUUAAGGGCUCAUUUUUUUCAAAAUGUUCUGCAUGAGUUUUUCUCAUUGAUGCUACACUCCUGCUCUGAUCAGAGUUCGCCAGGUGAGUGAGGGGGCAGGUGUGCUGCAUACCGCAGAAGCAGACUACAUUGGCAUGUCCUGGUUUACUGGAACUAACUACUAAUAUCUGGGCUUAUUGCUAAUUCCUUCUAGAAAAUAGCUUCAUGGUAAAAUCAGUCCUUCAGCCUUUUAAAGUGUACAGUGUGAUACACAGGCCUUACAGUUCCACAGGUUAGCCAGCACAGCUGCGAUCUGUCAGAGCCAAGUAUGGAGACAUAUAACAGACAUAGCACGAUGCUUUACUCCAACGGUGAUGCAACGUUCUUCAUAAAAAUGUGUCAAAGAAGAUGCAUUAAAUAGGUGUGUGUGUGUGUGUGUGUGUGUGUGUGUGUGUGUGUGUGUGUAUGUGUGUGUGUGUGUGCGUGUGUGUGUGUGUGGUGAGAUGCCACAGUGCCAUAAUGUGCAGGGGUCAGGGGAAGUGUGUGUGUGAGAGAGUGAGAGAGACACUCCAUGCUGCUGCACUGUACAGUAUAUGCUCUUUUUAAUCCGCUGAAUGAAAAUAUAGUUUUCUGUCACAGUUUUUAAUGAGUAAUUAAAAGUAAUGGAGACCACCUGGC